GCAGUAAGGGAAGGGAGUAGAAGCCCAGAUGCCUCCUGCCUCCCCAGCUUAAGCCGUCGGGAUGGUGGUGCUGGUGAGCAAGAUGGGGAAGAGCAGGUUGGGUAAGGAGCGGGGAGGUCACUCCCAGCCCUCCGGGGAAGAGGAGAGCCGGCGUUGCCUCUUAUCCUCUUGAACCCGUCAGGGUCCCAUUCACAAGUCGGUCAGUGGGUGGUCCUUCUUCUGGCCUUGCCCGCCUUCCAUCUGAUCUGUGGUUUCAGAAAUUCCAGACUCGCUGGAGAGACCGGCGGCCUCCUGCAUGAUGGCGUGCCCAGGGUCAGCUGAUCCCCACCUCCCUGUGGGCACCAGAUACAUCUAUCAGUUUUCCACCAACACCAGUACUGGCCUGCAGGGGGACCCAGUGGAGGGGAGCGGCCUUGGCCUCCAAGGCUUGGUCCUCAUUGAUGUGCUGGGCCCAUGCCAGAUGGCCUUGUGGCUCCAAGAAUUCCAGGUGACAUCUAUCCUGGGGUCCGAAGUGGCAGUUCUGAAGGACUCGGAGAAUUUGAGCGCCGCCCUGGGCCGCCACCCGCUGCACUUUGUCCUGCAGGCAGGGCGCGUGGCCCGCCUGUGUCCCCGCCGCGCAGAGCCGCGCUGGGCGCUGAACGUGAAGCGCGCAGUGCUGAGCCUCCUACAGGGGCUCCCAGACGCUCGCGGCCCCCAGACAUUCGAAGAGGUGAGGCCGGGAGCCUGGAGGGGGGCGGGGGCAGGGGACGGAGCUGGGGGCUCACGGGGAGCUGACGGGGGGUCUCGCUCGCCCAGGUGGACGUCCUGGGCAGGUGUCCCACCACGUACCAGCCACAGGGUGCCCGACUGCGCAAGACCAAGGACUUGGCCCGCUGCUCCCUGCGCCGAGUGCGCACGUCCCUGCGCUCCCAGGCCCUGCCACGGGAGGAGGUAA